AUGACUGCUGAAGAAACUGUGCCAAGCCAGUCAGGGCAGGAGGAGAAAGAAGAAGGUGCUGCAGGCAGAGUUUAUUACUCCACAGGGAGCCACCUGCCAUUGUAUAUAUGCUAUGUAUAUCCACACAUACGUGCUGGAGGGCCUGUGCUAGCACAUCAGUCAAUCUCUUCUGAUGCUUCAGAGAAUCCCUGCACAUUCACUUAGAGUGAGCUGAGAAUGAUGUUGUGUUUCCCUCUAGGUAUAAAACUGAGAAUGGCUCUCCUAGGAUCCCUCAUCACAUUCUGCUCAGUUGGGGCAUCAGACUCCUCAUUAAACAAGGGCUCAGAAGUGCUGUCGGACUCGCUCCUCCUGAGCAGCAUUAGUGAAGCCAAGCAGCAGGUGGACGCGGCGUAUUCACGUGCUCGGAAGUGCUUACAGCAAAAACUAGGGGAUGAGUUUGCCAGCCCAGUGGAUUUCCUGAAGCACUUAAAGGAUCCAGUAGGAAGAACCAGAUCUGCAGUCCGUGCUGCCGACUACUUGGAAACUACUUUGAAGCUCCUCAAAAGAAAGCUGAAGCAGUCCAGGAGGAUGAGAUUCAACAUUACAGACAUAUUGGAUAGGGAACAGAAGGAGAUGAUUUCCAAAGAAACUGGCUGUGGCUAUCAGAUUCGCUCCGUUAAAUGCCCAGGGGGCGACAUUUUCCGGACCAUUACUGGAGAGUGCAACAACAGAAAGAAACCUCACUUGGGGGUUUCCAACCAGGCAUUCGCUCGCUGGCUCCCAGCAGCAUAUGAAGAUGGAGUGUCUGUUCCCAGAGGAGCAACUGAAGGAAAGCUUUAUAAUGCAUUUCCACUCCCACUGGUUCGAAAAGUGUCCAAUGAAAUUGCUCAUACAGCCAAUGAGAACAUCACUCAAGAUCAAGAGCUUUCUCUUUUCUUCAUGCAGUGGGGCCAAUGGGUCAACCACGAUGUAGACUUAGCCCCUUCCAGUGGCAUAGGAGCAAACCCAGAGCUUCACUGUGAUGCUGACUGCAGCUUCAGGCCCCCUUGCUUCCCAAUUAAGUUCCCCCCCGAUGACCCGCGGAUGCUGAAAUCAAAUUCCUGCAUGCCUUUUAUCCAGUCAGCUUCUGUGUGCAGUCCCUGGACGUUCACUCGUGAGCAGAUCAAUGCUGUCACCUCCUUCAUUGAUGCCAGCAUGGUGUACGGCAGCGAGGAGUCUGUGGCAAAGAGCCUCAGGAACCAGACAAACCAGCUGGGUCUGAUGGCUGUGAACCAGAAUUUCACUGAUGCUGGGUUGGAAUUAUUGCCCUUUGAGAACAAAACAAAAAGUGUUUGUGUGCUCACAAACAAGAGCAUGAACAUCCCCUGCUUUAGAGCUGGUGACAAACGGGUAACAGAGAACUUGGGACUUUCUGCUCUGCACACUGUGUUCCUCCGAGAGCACAAUCGCCUGGUGACAAAGCUGGGGAAGUUAAAUCCUCACUGGGAUGGAGAAAAGCUUUACCAGGAGAGUCGAAACAUCAUAGCUGCCAUGACCCAGAUAAUAACAUACAGAGAUUAUAUACCACUUCUGCUUGCAGAGGAGACCAGCAGGUGGAUUCCCUCGUACAGCGGUUACAACGAGAGUGUGGAUCCAACGGUGUCAAAUGUUUUCUCCCUGGCCUUCCGAUUCGGUCACGCCUCAGUGCAGCCUUUUGUAUCCCGUUUAGAUGACAGCUUUCAGCCUAUGGGUUCACUUUCCCACGUCCCUCUCCAUCUGACAUUCUGUGCAUCAUGGAGAAUUAUAAUGGAAGGUGGCAUCGAUCCGCUGAUACGCGGCAUGGUGGUGGAUCGUGCGAAACUGAUGAAACAGAAUCAAAUGCUGGUUGAGGAGCUGCAGAACCACCUUUUUGAGCAAACAGAGAUCAUGGGUCUGGAUCUAGCAGCUCUGAACUUGCAGCGGGGAAGAGACCAUGGACUUCCAGGUUACAACGCCUGGAGGCGCUUCUGUGGGCUCUCCCAGCCUCAAACAGUGGAUGAGCUCUCUGAGGUGCUGGGCAAUAGUGAACUGGCCAAGAAGUUCAUGGUCCUGUAUGGGACACCGGACAAUAUUGACCUCUGGAUUGGGGCAAUUGCAGAGCCCUUCAUUCCCCGGGGCAGAGUUGGGCCCCUCCUGGCCUGCAUCAUUGGCACCCAGUUCAGGAACUUGCGUGAUGGGGACAGGUUCUGGUGGGAGAACCCAGGAGUUUUCACUCCGCAGCAGUUGGAAGAACUGACAAAAAUCUCAAUGCCAAGAGUGAUCUGUGACAACACCCGUAUCAAAAAGCUACCCAGGGACAUGUUCAGGGCCAGCAGCCCUGGGAACUUUGUUGAUUGCCAUGAGAUUGACGUGCUCGAUCUCUCAGCCUGGAAAGAUGAGCCUGAGAGGGGCAGCAAAGGUACGUAGGAGAUUUCCCUCGUUUGAACGCUCUCCAAGAAAGAAUAUAAAAGAAUUAAGAAAGAAAUAAAGGAAUCAAGGUCAUCGGGGUGAUCCUGCCCCCAGGCACACUGUGACCAUCCCUUCAGCCCCACUCGUCUGAGUGGGGGUGCUGAGUGAUCAGUGCUGUCAGCCUGAUCUUGCAGUCCAUCCCUUAGAAGGUAACUCUUCUAUCAACCAGAUGGAAGAUCCCAGACAAUCCACCCUGUCCAAGUCCCUGUGUCCUUCCCUCAGCAAUGUAUUCGAAGCCAGGUAAUCUAUUCCAGCCAGAGUCUUCCUUCACGGCAAAGAUGUCCAUGAAGAAAUCAAUCAGGAUUACUCAAUCCACUUUAAUCUUCUACUCUGCCAGACUAAGUCUCUGCUUUCCCCUUGCCUUUCCUAAAGCUUUGCAGUAUUUUGAGGAGUAUCUAGAGCUAUUUUGACAGCGCAUGGCCUGACACAACAGUAGUCUAACACACACAGCCAUGAUUAUGAUACAGGAUGGUACAAGAGUGCCUUUAUAUAAAGAACAGACAACUACAUGUCUCCAACUACAUGUACUUCGGCAUAAGCUCUUCCAGCUGGAAAUGUGGAUGUGAAGAAAACAGAAUCUUGCAGAAGACAGAGCAGGAGUUUUUCCUUAUAUCAACCCACAUAUAGAUUAUCAUGUUGUCGUCCUGCACAGAGCACAGAUAUCUCCACGCAGUUCCCAUGGUCAGUUUCAUUCACAGUAUGUGAGAGGAAUACCAGUAUGUAAGAAAGACACUGGGCAUAAGGGCUGAAUUGUGGUGACUGCUUUGGAAACCUAAAGGUGUCACUUCCCUUCCCUCUGAGCAGCAGCUUCCUGACUUGUUUAUGAACUUCAUCUUAUGGUCAGUGAGACACGUUGAGCCGCUUCCUGUGACCUUUUUAUCACCAGGCUGGGAGGAAGCUGAGUUGCCUUUGCAUAACCUGCCAGCAGUGAAAUUGCAGGGCACUGAAAACCAACAGCUCAGAGUGAAACUUCCUCAAGCACCAUGAGUUUGUCCCGAAAAGCACAAUUCCAAAGGGCCUUCAGGUUCCAGGUCACUGGAGGUACUUUUUGACCACAGUGUCCCAGAGGUGAAACAAGACACAGGUGAACCAGGCUAUCUGCCAUGAUGUUCCUAUUGGCCUAUUGCUAUGUUAAGCUAUGCAGUGACAUGGAAAUAUGGAGAGAAGUAGAUGCCCAACAAACACUUUCUGAUGCUCAGUAGCCCUUUCUGCUUCAUGGGCAGUUUCUAAUCCUGCUCUUGCAACCAGUGCUGGAAACUCCCAAUGAUGGCACCCCAUUGCUUUUUGGAACCUGCUGCCCAUAUGUCCUGCUGAGCCAACUGCAGCUGAUGGAGGCUCUGGCACCUGCUUCCAGAGAGGAGCUCAGGACUGAGUCUACUGCUGUUUUUGCUCUGCUGUGAUGGGAUUAUCCCACGGAUGUGUAAAACAGUGCAAUCCUUCAUGUUUGGCCAUCUCUUGCCCUAAAACUUGUCAGGGUUUUACAAGACUGGGUUAGGUGCUCUGUGUUUUUAGGAAUGUUAAAGGCACAGCCAUUUUUCUACACCCCGUCAUAAAGGGGUGGCAAAUCUGGAAGCCAAAGCGCUUGCAUGAAACAGGUUUCAAAUGUUGUCCUUGAUUAUAAUCUCUUAAUUGCAGUUUAUUACAUGCUGAUUUAGCCUUCUAAAUCAAAUUCCUUAUUCUUUGCUGCACUCAGAGUUUAGCAAGUUCACGUAAUCUCUAUUGCAACACCCAUCACGUCCUUCUUCCUUUGCACAAAAGCAUAAUUCUGGGGGCUGCUUCCAGUUCACAGUGAGAUUUCAGUCUCUGAAGACACUGGAGAAUUCAGCUGCAUUUUGAAGCACAGAGACAACUCUGCUGGGCAUUAAUAAAAUUCUUAAUUGCGCUCAUUGACUUUUGGCAUCCAUUCUGGCACGUCAGACAUCUGUCCCAAAACUUAAGAGAGCUGCUGUCUAUUCCAGGCCAUGGCCACCAAAGUUGGUCAUACACAAAC